AUGGAGCCAUACGACCAACCUCCGCCCUAUGAGGCCGUGCCUUCAAACCCGUGGGAAGGCCAAGAGACUGCUGUCAAAGGUCGGUGGACCCUUCCGUCGCAUUUUUCCGUCGGAGGGCAUUCUGACCAGCCCCAUAUAGACGACGGUCGCGUCGUGGUGGAUGCAAAUUCCCGGCUUUGCAGAACCAUUUCCAAGCUUAUCCCACGUGUACGAGAAGAACAGCACCUGCCACCACCACCCGGGUAUUGGGAGAACAUCAAACCCCCACACCGUCUCAACAUCGUUAUCCAAAUCGUCGGUAGCCGGGGCGAUGUGCAGCCAUUCAUUGCAUUGGGAACGGCCCUACAGCAAUGCGGCCACCGCGUACGAAUUGCCACACAUCAAGUCUUUCAGAACUUCGUCCACGAUUCUGGCUUAGAGUUCUACCCCAUCGGCGGUGACCCUAGCCAACUGAUGGCGUAUAUGGUCAAGAACCCUGGUUUGAUCCCCCGGAUGAGCAGUGUACGCGCAGGCGAGAUCGCAAAGAAGCAGCAGAUGAUGGCUGAUAUUCUUCGUGGCUGCUGGCAGUCAUGUGUUGCUGUUGACCCUGUGUCUCAAGCCCCGUUUGUUGCGGACGCUAUCAUUGCCAAUCCCCCGAGCUUUGCUCAUGUCCAUUGUGCGCAGGCUCUUGGAAUCCCGCUCCAUUUGAUGUUCACAAUGCCCUGGAGUGCUACGCGCGCGUUUCCACAUCCGUUGGCGAAUUUGAAGAAUGUUUCGCCGGACCAGGACUGGAUCAAUCAUGUUUCUUUUGGUGUGGUGGACUGGUUAUCAUGGCAGGGGUUAGGUGAAGUGAUCAACGAAUGGCGAAAAAGCGACCUGAGUUUGGAGCCGAUUGCCAUGUCCGAAGGUCCAUUCCUCCUCCAGACUCUCAAGGUGCCCUAUACAUACUGUUGGUCACCCGCCCUGGUGCCAAAGCCCGACGACUGGCCGGCAAACCUAGAGGUCUGCGGCUUCUUCUUCCGCGACGCACCAGACUACAAGCCCGAUGCAGCCCUUGCAUCCUUCCUCAGCUCAGGCCCUCCACCUAUCUACAUCGGGUUCGGAAGCAUCGUUCUAGAAGAUUCAGAGAAAAUGACCCGAAUGUUCGUGGAAGCGAUUCAGCAAACAGGCGUCCGGGCACUGAUCUCCCGGGGGUGGAGUAAACUCGGCGGAAUCGAGUGCGAGAAUAUCAUGUAUCUCGAUGACUGUCCCCAUGAAUGGCUUUUCCAGCGCGUUAGCGCUGUCAUUCACCACGGGGGAGCAGGGACUACGGCCUGUGGGCUGCGCUAUGGCAAGCCAACAUUUAUCGUGCCGUUUUUUGGCGAUCAACCAUUCUGGGGCCAAAUGGUAGCCGCCAAUGGCGCAGGUCCAAGCCCGAUACCACACGAGCUUCUCUCCGCACAGAAACUCGCCGAAUCAAUCCUCUACUGCAUUAGUCCCACCGCUAUCGAAGCGGCAGGACGUAUCUCCGCCAGAAUGCAACACGAAUCAGGAGUCCAAGCCGCCGUUGCCUCGUUCCAUCGAAAUCUCCCUGAAGAUCUCAAGAAAUGCGGAAUUCUGCCAGAGUUCUCGGCCUCCUGGGUCGUCAAGAAGGGGAAGAAGCGGUAUCAUCUGUCAAAGGUAGCUGCGGAGAUUCUGCUCGAUCAUAUGAAGAUUGCUAGGGAUAAGAUGCAGCCAUAUCAACCCAAACCCAUCAUCAUCGAGAACGAGCGCUGGGAUCCAAUCACAGGUGUCUCAUCCGCUGGACUCGGCUGGACGGUAGACAUGCUCAAAGCAUCAGGGGAUAUAGUCUACCAGCCAUACAAAUCAACAAAUCGCGAAGCCCCACUCUCAACUACCGAAACACAACUCCAUCCUACCACCGAUCCCCAAAUCCGCAAAGCAAAAUCCAUGACCGACAUGACCCUCACCAAGACAGACGAACCUAUCAAAAAACACAAAGCAACCGCCAUGGCCUCCGCAUCUGCAAAAGCCUCAGGCAAGCUACUAGGAAAAUACGUCUCCGGGGCAAUGGUCGAUAUCCCGUUAGCAGCUGCGGAAGGGUUCCGAGUACUUCCUGGGCUAUAUGGUGAUAAGGUCCAUGAUUAUGGUCACGUCAAGGAUUGGAAGACGGGUAUUAUUGCUGGAGCAAAGUGUUUUGCUCUCGGUAUGGGUGAAAGCGUCACGGAUAUCUUUUAUCAGCCGUAUAAAGGUGCCAAAGAUAAUGGUGCGGUGGGGUUUGCGACGGGAAUGUUGAAAGGAACGUUUGGGGUCGUGGGGAAGGUGACGCAUGCUUCCUUGGGACUGGUUGCGUAUCCUGGUCAGGGUAUAAAACGGACUAUUCGCUCUUCGUUCCGGAAUAAGCGGCAGAAGCAGAUUGUUACGGCUCUGCAUGCUGAUGGGGUGAGUAUGCUUCAUGGGGAGAGACGGCGCGGGAUGAAGGAUGCGUUGGUUCUUGAUGCGUUUGGUCGAUUGAUGCAGAGGAAUGAUGAUGUUGAUGAUAGCGAUGAUUAUAUGUAA